GGAGAGAGAGAUAGAGAGAGAGAGAGAGAGAGAGAUAGCGAGGGAUACCCUCCUCGUCCCAUGCUCUUUCUCUCGAAAAAUCAACUUCCAUCAGUGUUAAUCAGCUCUCAAUCAAGGGAAACAUAGAAAAACUAAAAUCCUCAAAAGGGACACACAGACACCACUGUUUUAGCUCAAAUAUCAGUAUUUAAACACUAACCCAACUUCGAUUUCAUCGAGUGCUUCAGUCCCUUUUGCUUUUUCGGGUUUUCUUUAGUUCAUAGUGUAUUUGUAUUCUUGAAGAAGAUCAUAGGAGUGAGUGAGUGAGUGAGAAAAUUACAAUGGAGUAGCAGGUGAGGUGAAGGAACAAUUAAGAGGGACCUACUGCUUAAUUUUUGGCUGACAGCAACGGUCACUUUUAAUGAUAUUUCUUUUCUUUUCUUCUUUGGAUGGUGGAAAGGUUAAGCUGCUUGGGCUCAAAACGGAAAUAGCAGAUCUUAGUCAUAUGAGGAGAUCUUUUACUCUGGUGAAUGUGCUGCUGUUACUUGCAUUAUUCGGUGAUGCUCCAUGGGCUAUCAAGUGCAGCUUACUUUGCGAACAGGGCAACCUGGCAGUGAUUCGACCUCACAGUGUCACUAUUACUGAAUUUGGAGCAGUUGGAGAUGGGGUCACUCUCAACACAAAGGCAUUCCAGAAUGCCAUCUUCUAUCUCAAUUCAUUUGCUGACAAGGGCGGGGCCAAGCUCUUUGUCCCAACUGGCCGUUGGUUGACAGGAAGCUUUGAUCUGAUCAGUCAUCUGACAUUGUGGUUAGAUAAGGAUGCUGUCAUCCUUGGAUCAACUAACUCUGAUGAUUGGCCAGUUAUUGAUCCACUGCCAUCAUAUGGCCGAGGGAGGGAGUUGCCUGGGAGGAGGCACAAAAGCCUUAUUUAUGGUCGUAAUUUAACAGAUGUUAUUAUAACAGGUGACAAUGGAACUAUUGAUGGCCAAGGCAGCAUAUGGUGGGACUGGUUUCGAAAUCAAACCUUGAACUAUACCCGGCCUCAUCUGGUUGAAUUUAUGAACACUACUGGGGUAGUCAUCUCAAACCUGACUUUCAUAAAUUCACCGUUCUGGACCAUCCACCCUGUUUACUGCAGCCAAGUUAUUGUUCAGAAUGUCACGAUCCUUGCUCCUCUUGAUUCACCAAACACUGAUGGGAUUGAUCCAGAUUCUUCUGAUGAUGUUUGUGUUGAGGACUGCUACGUUAGCACUGGUGAUGAUAUAAUUGCCAUCAAAAGUGGGUGGGAUGAGUAUGGCAUGUCAUAUGGUCGUCCUAGCAAAAACAUUACCAUUCGCAGGCUUGUUGGACAAACUACUAGUGCUGGGAUUGCAAUUGGAAGUGAGAUGUCUGGAGGAGUGUCAGAGGUUCAUGCAGAAAAUCUCAGGUUCUACAAUUCAACUACAGGUAUCAGGAUAAAAACGUCUCCUGGAAGGGGGGGAUAUGUGAGGAACAUUUAUAUAUCAAAUAUGAGCUUGACUGAUGUCAAAACAGCUAUAAGUUUCACUGGUCGAUAUGGAGAGCACCCAGAUGAGUAUUAUGAUCCAACUGCUCUCCCUUUAAUAGAACGAAUAACCGUUGAGGAUGUUGCGGGACAGAAUGUUAAAUAUGCUGGCCUUUUGGAGGGCAUAGAAGGGGAUACUUUUCUUGACAUUUGCCUGUUGAACAUUAACCUCAGUGUGACCUCGAAGUCUCCAUGGAAUUGUUCAUAUAUCCAAGGGUAUUCUGACACGGUUUCCCCAGAGAUUUGUGAGCCUCUCAGGGAGAGAAUCUUCCCUGACCAUUACUCAGAUUGUUACUGUCUAUCACAUCACUUGCAAAGUUCAAGUAAUCAAAACAGAGGUGGUGCUUGGUUGUCUUGGUAAAUUUAUGGAGGCAUAAUAGUAUUGGUUCGGUGAUUAAUUCAUCCUCUACUGUGAAUGUUCAACGUAGUUCAAGAUUUGAUUCUUGCCAUUAUCCACACCGCUGCUCAUUGCCUUUCAGAGGAAAUGGUCGCCUGACAUAUUAAGUUGAGUGAAGUUGCUGAUUUGUGGUUGUUGACUUGAGAAAAUAGUCUUGAGAGAUGAUUUUUCCUGUAGCUGUGUGCAGUAACAAAUAAUUGAGUGCAUUUUUUUUUUAUAUCAUAAGUGGUAAUAGAAUGAGCUUAUACCUUCAAAACUA